AUUUAAUUUGGCUUUUUGGGGUUUUUUUAGUAGUUUUUCUGUGUAGCCGGGGUCACUUUAGCAGAUGUGCCAGAUCUGCAGAUGCAUAUGUAGGGAGCCAGGUGUUCCCAUGCUGUGUGAAAUACACAUCACCAGGAGUUGCAAACCUCUCAUUACACCUGUCACCUGCUUCUGUUUCAUAUAUGGAUAAGGAUAAAUUAGAAUUUAAGGAAAAAAUUCCCAGGAGAUCUGUGCUAGGUGGUACAAGAUUUAUUCCAGACCACGUAUUAAAUUUCCCUCCUCUCUGCUGCGUUUCCUGCUUUGGCACAAUUCGAUGUCUGUUGGGAUUGAAUGAUUUCAAAUUGUGUCUUGCAUUAUCCUUCUGUUUUCUGGUAUCUCCAUAGUUUGGAAAUCUGGUACACUUGUCUCUUUCCCUGGUCCUGGAUGCACAUUCAUCCCUGUCCCUGGUCUGCUGUCCUUUGGGAUGCUUGGUCUGCUUGCAUCCCUCUGCUAGGCUUGCUCAGCAUUCUGGUUCAGCAGAAGACUGAUCACCUUCUUGAUGGGCUGAAGGUGGCCCGUUCUGAGAUUAAUUUAAUAAUCAUUUGCUUAGAAAACUUCCUGCAUUGUUCAUGGAGUUUUUCAUCAGUAUGUCUGAAACCAUUAAAUAUAAUGACGACGAUCACAAAACUGUGUUCCUGAAAACAUUGAAUGAACAACGUUUGGAAGGAGAAUUUUGUGACAUCGCUAUUGUGGUUGAAGAUGUUAAGUUCAGAGCCCAUAGGUGCGUGCUUGCUGCCUGCAGUACCUACUUCAAAAAGCUUUUCAAAAAGCUUGAAGUUGAUAGUUCAUCAGUAAUAGAAAUAGAUUUUCUUCGUUCUGAUAUUUUUGAGGAAGUUCUCAAUUACAUGUAUACUGCAAAGAUUUCUGUUAAAAAGGAGGAUGUAAACUUGAUGAUGUCUUCAGGCCAGAUCCUCGGUAUUCGGUUUCUCGAUAAACUCUGCUCUCAAAAACGUGAUGUGUCUAGUCCUGAGGAAAACACACAGUCCAAGAGCAAGUACUGCCUGAAAAUGAACCGUUCUAUGGGGGAACCCAAUGAUACCCAGGAUGAUGAGGUGGAAGAGAUUGGAGAUCAUGAUGACAGUCCAUCAGAUGUGACGGUGGAAGGCACUCCCCCAAGUCAGGAAGAUGGUAAGUCACCAACCACUACCCUGAGAGUGCAAGAGGCAAUUCUGAAAGAGUUGGGAAGUGAAGAAGUUCGAAAAGUAAACUGCUAUGGCCAAGAAGUAGAGCCUAUGGAAACAACGGAAUCGAAAGACUUAGGAUCUCAGACCCCUCAGGCACUCACAUUUAAUGAUGGCAUAAGUGAAGUGAAAGAUGAACAGACACCAGGAUGGACCACAGCAGCCGGGGAUAUGAAGUUUGAGUACUUGCUUUAUGGCCACAGGGAACACAUUGUAUGUCAGGCUUGUGGCAAGACCUUUUCUGAUGAAGCGCGUUUGAGAAAACAUGAAAAGCUACACACUGCAGACAGACCAUUUGUUUGUGAAAUGUGUACAAAGGGCUUCACCACGCAAGCUCAUUUGAAAGAACACUUGAAAAUACACACAGGUUACAAGCCUUACAGUUGUGAGGUGUGUGGGAAGUCUUUCAUUCGUGCACCAGAUCUAAAAAAGCAUGAAAGAGUUCACAGUAAUGAGAGGCCAUUUGCAUGCCAUAUGUGUGAUAAAGCUUUCAAGCACAAGUCCCACCUCAAAGACCAUGAAAGAAGGCAUCGAGGAGAGAAACCUUUUGUCUGCAGUUCCUGCACUAAAGCAUUUGCUAAGGCAUCUGACCUAAAACGGCAUGAGAACAAUAUGCACAGUGAAAGAAAGCAAGUUACAGCAGCCAAUUCCAUCCAGAGUGAAACAGAACAGUUGCAGGCAGCAGCCAUGGCUGCUGAAGCAGAGCAGCAAUUAGAAACUAUAGCCUGUAGUUAGAAACUAAAGCUGGAACUUUAUCAGAAAUAAUAUAAGAAAUUAAAUGGAACAAAAUCUGUUGUUGAUAUACAUUUAGACUGAGAAUCUUUUCAAGAAAGCAUAUUUUUAGAGGAUUUGAAUGUUACAUAGGAAUACAUAGCAUCGCUUGGUUAGGUAUUUUAAAACAUUUCAGAGAUGGGUAUUCUUAGAAUGUGAAACAGUUUUUCAUUAGCAGUAUAAUGCACUAAAUAACUGCUUUUAUUCAAGAAUGUGAUCAAGUUCUCUAUAAAACAGGGAUCAUCACUGGCCGAUACUUUGCUUCAUCCAGUAUGGAAUACUGAAUAUGACGUAAACAUUGCAAUCAGUGAGAAUCUGAGUUAUGUUUGAAAAUGCUGGGUUCUCAGAAAUCACAAACAUGAAAAGAAAGGAUUUGGUUUUCAUAAUUCUGAGGUGUUACACCUACAGUUUUUUGAGAAGCGUACAUGUGAGUCCCUAAGCUUUUUAAUUCCUCCUUUUUCCACUUAAGAUAGGUUGGAACAACAGAGUGUAAAGGAGAAUGGUAAUCAAAAUUAAAUUGCUUCUUAUUCCAUUCCCUCAGAUAUCCUCCUAUUUUUAUAAAGGUGUCAAGUUUUAAUUAAAUAUUUCCAUUAUUGAAAAAACGGCAUUAUUCACAGGGGUUCUGGCUGGCAAAGCUGAAGUGUCAUGGCAUUCACCAAUUCCUUCUGUGGGCAAAAAUAUUUGCCUGGUUUGUUUUUAUGUUCACUUUUAUGCAGGGUCCCAGAGGUGGGACUGGGCCGCAAAGGAAAAAGGGUGCAGCAUGGAGACAUGCUCCUUACUCAAACCCAGUAAAAAUCAGUAAAAGCUAAUACAGCUUGAGAUGGUUUUUUAUUAUGCAGCUUUCUGGUCACCUAACCUAGCACAGUGAAAGCAGAGGAGUGUCUGCACCAGCAGGUGACCAGGUGUCACUGCCAGGCUCCCAAAGCUGAAGGCAUGGGUGUCACAUACCUGCCCACAGGGCUCAGCUGGGGUUUGUGUCAUGGCUGGUCGUACAGCUCGUAGGUCCUGUUCAAGUUUAAAAGCUUCCACCUUUUGACACACCACCCUUCAUCAAGAGGGAGACUUCAGUGAGCGAGUUCUGUCAUAAUUGAUCCUGGGUGAGUGUUCACUAUUGGUCAGUUUCUUAGUCUAUUUUGUAAGACCAGCUGGGGUACAUGCUGAUAACAAUAGUUAACUCACAGAGUCAACAAAAUAAGUGGUCUGCAGUCUGCUACUUGUAGUCAUCAAGAGAAGGCACAAUAACAGUGGCAAUGUAAUCCAAAGGUAUAUUGAGCCUUUAUUUUAAAUUUGUAAAUACUACAACUGUUGUGAAAACUUCAAAUGAAGUUGGAAUGGGAAAAAAAACCACACUCUUGGGCACAUGACUGGUAACAUUGGUCACUUGUGAUACCUGUAGCAUAUCAAAGUGUUAGACCAGUUUCUGAUAAGUUACUGUGUGGUAGAUCACAUCUUGCUUUUCUAAAUAGAAAUUUAAAAUAGUGUUUUUGGAACUGUUAUAUGGAACUUCAAUUAUUGAGGGAUUUUUAUUUGGUUGAGAUUUUUUUUACAGCUUCAUUUUAUUCAUGUAUUCAUCAGGUUAAGCAGUUAUCUUAAAAUGCCAGUAAUUGUUCAAACGCUGGUCUGUAAAUAAAACAUGACCUUAAUAUUUUAGAAAAUGUAAACUUUGGACCUUUACCAAUAUAUUUUUUUAAAAUGUUGCUUCAUUUUACAUUCAGUAAUAUUAGUUUGUAAACAAACUAUACAUUUUGUACCUGUGCAACAUCAGAGGAUGUGUAUUCAUUGCAUUUUAUUGGUUCUCUUGAGGAACAUGAUAAAUGACCAUUGUUAAAAUGUUUUACUGUAUAUGAUCAUAGAUAUAAAGAUAGUAGGUCCAAAAUAGGAUCUACUCUUUUUUUUUUUCUAAA